GUUCCGGGAGCAGGGACAGCCUCCUCAAGCAGUCCAGGAUGGAGGAAACCCAAGAGCCCCUGGCCAUGACAGUCCACCUCCUUGCCAACUCCGGGCAUGGCUCACUUCUGCAGCAAACUCUGGACCAGCUCCUGGACUGCAUUUGCCCAGAGGUCCGUCUCUUUAUGGUGUCAGAGAGGGUCCGUCCGGUGAAAAACUAUGACAAGGGCCACCCCAAGAGGUCCCGGUUCCCGGGGAUGUCUGUGUUGCUCUUCCUGCAUGAAAGCCGCGGCGAGGAGCGGCUGUUCCGCGCCCUUGACUCCCUGCAGCGGUGGCCGUGGCACUGCUGCCCCGCCCCAAACAUUCAGGGAAGCCUGGGUCCCUGCCUCCUUGCCCGCCAGGAGUUCUACAGUCUGGACAAUCAGAUGCCUGUCUGGGGCGUGAGGCAGGUGCACUGCGGCACCGAGAUCCUCAGGGUGACGCUCUACUGCACAUUUGACAACUACGAAGACGCCAUCGGCCUCUACGAGAUGAUCCUGCAGAGGGAAGCCACCUUGCAGAAGAGCAACUUCUGUUUCUUCGUGCUCUACGCCUCCGAGCGCUGCGCCCUUCAGCUGUCCCUGAAGCAGCUGCCCCUCGGGAUGUCAGUGGACCCAAAGGAGUCUUCCGUGCUGCAGUUCAAGGUUCAGGAGAUCGGCCAGCUAGUGCCUCUCCUGCCCCAUCCGUGCGUCCCCAUCAGCCGCACCAGGUGGCAAACGCAGGACUACGAUGGCAACAAGAUUCUGCUUCAGAUCCAGUCGAAUCCAGGACUCGGUGUGAGGAACGGCACCUCCGGAGCCGACACGCGCCUCCAGGCCUGCAGCAGGGUGCCUGUCUCCACAAGGAGGGCCCUAGAGCUGAGGCGGCAAAGGAGCGGGGGCAGGAGGUCCAAGGUGGUUUCUCUGGAAUUCCCUGAGCCCAGGGGGAGCCCGGCGUCGCAGGGCCCUAGUGACAUGUUGUGGAAGAGCCCUGGCGGCUCAUCCCAGGUCAGCGGCCAAGCCACAGAUGCCCAGCUGCCUCUGCAUUCUGCCCACCUUGAACCCAGGGCCAGAAUGAAGGCCUUCAGUCUGAAAAACAGCUUUGAGAAGCUGGAGGCAGAGACCAACGUUGACACAGGGUGUACUGUGGUCAACUCUGAACGCAGGCAACCUCUUCUGAGCAGAUUCCCAAGGGAUCCGCACAGCAGCCAGCCGCCACUAACCUCCUCCUUAGGGGCAGCUACCUCCAGACACAACAGACUCUUGAAGGAGAGCGUCCGUCCUUUGUCACUUGCUGGCCAAAGGGAACUUGGUGCAAGGCAGAUCAUUUCAAAAUGUCCCCUUCAUCUGCCAGUUCAGGGUGAAGAAAAAGAAGGAGAAGAAGAGUUCUUUAUAUAGGGUGAAACCAAUGUGGUUUUCUAAGACACAAGAUCACGUACAAUGUUCUAGACAUGCGGUACUGUUUCUUGUUUAUCUGAGGGGCCCAAAUGCUAGCCAGGAAGAGGUCUGUGUGGCCUUUAUUUCAAAUGUUCAGAGUCUAACGGUGCUGCGAGCGGUUGUGUAUUUGCCAUCACAGCCACGGUCCUAA